AUUUCAAUGUAAAAACAGUUUUUUCAGUCAAAAAACCACACGUUGUUGUCAUGUGAUUGACAUUCAACUCUCCUAUCAAUCACUUACUGUCUGUCUGUCUGUUUGACCGCAAGUUUUUUUUUUGACCAAUACUUUACGGGACAACUUUGAGUGAAUGAGUAGUGGACAGGACAUCAUAUCCAUAACAGCUGAUCCACUCAUCGACAACUAGUAUUGUUGUUGUUGUAAUUUUCAGCUCAAGAAACUUCUGUCGCGCGACGACAUCAUUAUCGCGAUGACAGCGGCCGCGGCGGAGUCGGCAACGAUGACCAUCACAUAUGAGGCCACUGUCGGAACUGGUUGCGAGUUUAUAGCCGUCGAAGAGUGUCAGCAAAAGUUAUCGCCCAAAACUGUUAGACAAAUGGACGGCCGUGUGUUCAUCGAAACCGACCGACCAGUUGCCGAAGUACUACAACUGAAGUCUUGCGACAAUAUCUAUGUUGUUAUCUAUGAUAAAGAAUUUACUGAUGAUUUUCCGGCCGCCACUGAUUCGGCUGGCGAUGAUCUGAGACAGUUGUUGGCCCGCGUGUCGUCUGACUGUCAAUGGGAAAGUGGACUUCGGAUAUGGUCGGAGACAUUCGGAUGGAAUAAAUGCCAGUUGAAUACUAUAUUGGACACGAACUGUACGGCCGACAACAGCGAACUAAUUGAAUUGAAGCCGGCUUUUCGGGUGACCUGUAACCGAACCGGUAGUCGACACAAGUUUACAUCAAACGAAUGUGCCUCACAUUUGGGCGCCGUUAUCAACGAAACCUACCGGUGGAAGGUAUCGAUGAAACAGUUUGACAUCGAAGUGGUGCUUACAAUCAAAGACCGUCAUCUAUAUGUAGGACUGGCAUUGACUCGGGAAUCGUUGCACAAACGGAAUCUGGUUGUAUUCGGGCCGACCAGUCUCAAGUCGACAGUAGCCUUCCAUAUGCUAUGGAUGGCCAACAUUCAGUGCGGCGAUUUGGUUUGCGAUCCGAUGUGCGGUUCGGGUGCCAUACCUAUUGAAUGUUUGCACAAUUGGCCAACGUUUGGCCUAUCGGGUGACAAUCAUCCGGUAGCUGUCGAACGUACUCAGAUGAACAACGGCCACAACCAGUCGCUGGUGGAUGUCAUCAGGUUUGACGUCCGAGCGCUACCCUUGCGAACCAAUUCAGUAGACGUAUUCUGUACCGAUUUACCGUUCGGCAAACGUUUGGGAUCUAAACACGACAAUCGGACACUCUAUCCGGCCCUACUCAUUGAGCUUAGCCGUUGUUCGCGUGCGGGCACCGGCCGUAUGGUAUUGUUAACGCAAGACAAACGAAAUAUGAACUACUCGUUAGGUAAUCCCGCAGUGAAAAAGUAUUGGAAAAUUGUCCGAACAAUGUUCGUCCGCAUCGGCGGUCUCGACGCUUCCAUAUUUGUUGCCCGAAGAAAUGCCGUACCAUUUGAAUGAAUACAUAUCUUCCUCUUGAGUGAGAGCUCUUCAUUGAUAAUAUAUUUUUUUUAAUAAUAAUAUAUAACUUAUUGUAAAUACAAUAUUCAAUGACUAAACCAAUCGGUGAU